GAGUCGUAGGGCGGGGUUGCAAGACUGCGUCGUCUACGGCCACCGCUGGGCGGUGAACAAACGCGGGCCUGGCGGAUCGCAGCAGCCCUCGGAGAACGCGAGGGGAUCGGGAGCCGCUGGGACCCCGGCUGCGCGCCCCUCGGCCCGGCCGGGAGCCGCGCCAGUCGGAGCCCCUGGCCGAGCGCGGCUCGCCUCCCUCUCAGCGUUCAUCUGUCCACAGUACAGCCAGCGGGUAUGACCGAUCCACCAGGGGCGCCGCCGCCGCCGGCGCUUACAUGCCGCGGAUGAAGAAGAAAGUCCGUCCCCGAUCUGCUCAAAGCGAGAAGGUGGCUCAUUGCAGGGAGUUGAUAAGGGGUAAGAAAGCGACCCGCAGCAGGAAAGGGACCGGGAUCAAGGAGGUGACCCAGUUAGAGGAGGUGAUCACGAUCGACGAGGCGACCCAGACCGAAGAGGUGGCCGUGGCCGAAGAGGUGACCCAGACCGAGGGCAUGGCCCAGAUUGAGGAGAUGGUCCAGACCGAGGAAAUGGAAGAAACAACUGGGGUUAGCGUGACCGUCACCCACAGCAAUGAGAGGUAUGACCUUCUUGUUACCCCACAGCAGGGUAAUAGUGAACCAUGUGUACAAGACCUAGCUCAGUUUGUGGAAGAGGCCACAGGGGUUCCACUGCCUUUUCAGAAGCUCAUAUUUAAGGGAAAAUCUUUGAAAGAAAUGGAGACACCUUUGUCAGCACUUGGAAUACAAAAUGGUUGCCGAGUCAUGCUAAUUGGGGAAAAGAGCAAUCCAGAGGAAGAAGUUGAGUUAAAGAAGCUGAAAGAUUUGGAGGUAUCUGUAGAGAAGACAGCUUACCACCUAGAAGACUUGAACAAAGAACUUUUUGGCAUCCAACAGGGUUUUCUGGCUAAGGAAUUGCAAGCGGAGGCUCUCUGCAAACUUGAUAGGAAAGUAAAGGCCACAAUUGAGCAGUUCAUGAAGAUCUUGGAAGAGAUUGACACAAUGGUCCUACCAGAAAAUUUUAAAGACAGCAGGCUAAAAAGGAAGAAUUUGGUAAAAAAGGUUCAGGUGUUCCUAGCUGAGUGUGACACGGUGGAGCAGUACAUCUGCCAAGAGACGGAGCGGCUGCAGUCUACAAACUUGGCCCUCGCUGAAUGAAGUGUGGGAGAGAGUGACUGUACUGGACUGAAGAGCGGCUUCACGGCUCUGCCCUCUGUGGAACAGAAGCUUGUUUCUCCAGCACUGCCAGAGGCAACUGGCUAGAUGUCAAUUUCCCUACUCCUCCAUCAGUUCUCAAUGAAGAAGUACUAUCUCAGCAACUCUGAA